AUGGAGGUGGAGGCUCCUUUUUCUUUGGAGGAGAUUUAUGGGGUUGUGAAAGAAUGCAUCUCCUUCAAAGCACUAGGUCCUAAUGGUUUUAACAUGCUUUUUGUCAAGAAAUCGUGGAAAUUUAUCAAAACAGAUGUACUGUGUUUCUUUCUGGAAUUUCAUUCGAACUGUAAGAUUGCUAAGAGCAUUAAUUCCACCUUCAUUGCUCUCAUUCCAAAGAUUGAAGGUGCAGCUACUUUCAAAGAUUUCAGACCUAGAGCAUGGUGGGAUGGUUGUAUAAACUACUAUCUAAAGUGCUCACUAAUAGAUUCAAAAAAGUUCUGCACUCUUUGGAGGUUUGGUUGUGGUAGGAAAUGGGUAUCUUGGAUAAAAGCUUGUGUUACGUCUGCCACUAUGUCCAUCUUGAUUAAUGGUUCUCCUUCUUUUGAAUUUAAAAUGGAAAGGGGGUUAAGGCAGGGGGAUCCUUUGUCUCCAUUGCUAUUCAAUAUUGUGGCUGAAGGCUACAAGUUCAAUCUAUCAUGGAUAUUUUAUGCACUUUUUAGUUAA